AUGUCCCCAGAGUUGAAGAACACCUGGACUCCUGCUAUCAAUGUCUUGACUUGGUUCAUGCUGGUGACAGCUAUCUUGAGCGUCUUGACUCGUCUGGGGACAAAAUAUUUCAUUUUUCGGAAGUGGACAUUUGAUGAUGGCCUUGUGACUACAUCGUUGGUACUCUGCAUCGCGCAGUCAAUUGCUAUCUCGAUUGCCACGGCGAAUGGACUUGGACAGCAUCUUGGAAUGCUGUCCGAUCACAAAAUUGAAACCGUCAUGAAGGCUGAUCACUCCGCAACGGUUUUAUUCAUCGCCAGUAUUUGCUUCUCCAAACUAUCGCUUCUGUUCUUCAUUCGCAACCUAACUCCCGCAUCGUUGGAUCGCCGCUUCGCCCUCGUGUUGGGAAUAUUUAUUGGGUUGUGGACUAUUGCCAGCAUUCUCACGGCGAUAUUUCAAUGUAAUGUCCCACGGAUCUGGGAUUAUAUACAUGGGACUUGUUUCAAUCGAGAUGCGUGGUGGAAGUGGCUCGGCAUUACAAACAUCUUGUCAGAGUGCGGAAUCAUAGGCCAAGCGCUGUUGGUUAUCGUCCGUAUCCAAACCGAUUUCAGCAGAAAGGCUGGGCUGUCCAGUGUAUUCUUGAUCCGAGUCAUGUAUGUGUCAAGACCAGACUCCGCUCCGCGUGAUAGAAUCCAAUCCACUAACAAAGACGGCACUCGCAGCGUAAUUAUCGCGAUUAUUUUCCAACUUGUUUACGCCAAGCAAACCGCCAGGGGCGAUUUCACCUAUGAUGCCUGGUCCGUCGCAAUUGCCACCCAAGUGGCUCAAACCGUGAGCAUCGUCACAGCCUGCUCCCCCCAGUUCAAGCCUUUCUUGGAUAGUCUCCAGUCAUCGGGAAUGGGAUUGGGUAUGACGAGCUCCAACAACUACGGCAGCAAACACAAGACAUAUGGCACGACCACAUUCAAAACCUUCCGCCGGACUGCGGAUACUCGAAGUGAGACUCAUGAAUUAGUUUCAGUGCCCCACGAAGGAACUAAUCAUGCUAUGGUCACCUCGGGUCCGGACGAGGAUGCCGAAAGCCAAUCCAGUCAGUCUAAUAUGAUUAUGGAGACGCGGACGUGGACAGUGACCGAAGGAUUGCCAAAUUGA